AUGGCAGCUCUAUCAAGCAAGAAACAAGCUCUCCAAGCUGAUAGCGAGAUUGAUCAACAGAGUCUCGAUAAUGGAGCACUGGAAUCUUCAUUCCAAUACUCUGCUGCCGCAGAGAAGAAAUUGGUUCGGAAGAUUGAUCUGAUGAUUCUUCCAAUCAUGGUUUUCGCAUACAUGCUUGCCUUUCUCGACAAACAAGCCUUAGGAUACACAGCGCUCAUGGGUAUUCGGGAGGAUUUGCAUCUCGUAGGUGCUCAAUACAAUUGGUCGUCGAGCAUAUUCUACUUUGGAUACUUGUUCUUCUCAUAUCCCGCAUCUCUUUUAAUGGUGAAAUUCCCGCUCGGGAAAUAUCUUGCAGUCAGUUUUAUGCUUUGGGCCGUUGUCCUAGCUUGUCAUGCUGCAUGCACAGAUUUCAAGGGUAUCAUGAUAGUUCGCUUCUUCCUUGGAUGCGCAGAAGCCAGUCUCUCACCAGGGUUCACUCUGAUUACGUCGCUGUGGUACAGGACAUCGGAGCAGCCACUUCGUCAUGGUAUUUGGUUCUGUGGCAACUCCAUUUCUCUCAUCUUUGGCAAUUUGAUUGCGGUUGGGAUUUUGCAAAUUAAAGGGUCUCUCCGAGCAUGGCAGUGGCUAUUUAUCAUUUUCGGACUCGUGACAUUCCUUUGGGGAAUUGUGAUGCUGUUCCGACUUCCCGAUUCACCAACCACUGCCAGCUUCCUCACAGAGGAAGAAAAGCUCAUUGCAAUGGAACGUCUGAAAGCUAACCAAACCGGCUACAAGACAUCAAAUAUUGACGGUCCUCAAAUUCUAGAGGCGUUUAUCGACCCCAAAACAUGGAUUCUUGCGGUUUUGAUUUUAGCGGCCAAUAUUCCAAACGGCGGAUUUACAACCUUUAACGGAUUGGUCUUGCAAGGAUUCGGCUUUUCCACUUUCCACACUCUCUUGCUUGGUAUCCCCGGCGGCUUUGUUGUGUUUAUCUUUGUUCUCUCAUCCGGAAUUAUAUCGUCAAAGAUUGCAAAGUCCCGCUGUCUUGUCAUGGCUGCAUGCAAUGUCAUCAGUAUCGUAGGAAGUGCACUCGUAUACGCGACCAAGCCAGUUGGCUCCCGAUAUGCCGGUCUCAUUCUAAUGGGAAUUUAUUCUGCGGCAAUGCCCAUCUCCAUGGCUAUGAUCAGUUCCAAUGUUGCUGGAUUCACCAAGAAAGCAACUGUUAGUGCAAUCUAUUUCAUUUUGUACUGUACUGGCAACAUCGUUGGUCCACAACUCUUCUUCGCGAGAGAAGCACCGAAAUACCAGAGUGGCUUCCUUGCAAUUAUCAUCUGUUUGGUGAUCUGCGUGCUCGAUUGCUUCCUUCUCUUGUUCUACCUUCAAUGGACAAACAGUCAACGUGACAAGAAGGCGAUGUUAGAUGUAGGAUCUCAACCGCAAGAGAAAGAUGUGGUUCGACAGCCCGGGUCUCAAUUGCUGGAUAUUACGGACUUCAAGAACCAGAGCUUCCGAUAUGUCUACUAG